AUGCGUAUGCGUUACAAUCAAAAUAAAUUAUUAAGAAAUUUAAAAUUAAAAUUACUUAUUCGAAAAAAUAAAACCAAAAGAAUAAUAAAUGAAAUGAAAGAAGCAACAAAACAAAUACAAAUUGAGGAAGAAGAAGCAACAAAGCAAAAACAAAUUGAGGAAGCAACAAAACAAAAACAAAUCGAGGAAGAAGAAGCAACAAAACGGAAACAAAUUGAAGAAGUGGAAGCAACAAAACGAUUAAAAAUCAAAAAUAUACGUGAAUUUGACGUUAAUUAUCUAUUAAUAGAUAAUGAACAUUUUAAUAAUAAUGUACAGUUGUGUAUUGAAAAUUAUUUAAAUAAUGUUUUACAAUUCUUGAAAAAACCAGAAAAACAAUGUCAAGAAUUAUUUAAUAGAUUUAUAAUGGAAUUAUUAUUAAUAUUUAAUGAUUGUACACAAUUAAAAUUGAUGAAUGUAUCAAAAUAUAAUUUGAAAGAAAAUGAUAUUCAUAUCUUAACACCUGAUGGUGUUCUUCACGUCCAUCAUGGUCCAUUUGAUCGAGCUGAAAUCUGUCGUGAAUAUAAUGUUGGACCACGUGAUUUACGAAAGAUCGAUACCGAUCUCCGUAUCAAUGUUCCUGUUAUCAGUGUUCGUCAUGGAAAAUUGAUUCUAUUUUCGUUUCGACGCCAUCGAGCUAUUGUUCAAUCUUAUCGAAGUAUUUUCUUCGUCCCAUCGAAUGAAAAAAUUCCUUUUGAACCUUUUGGAAUCAAGAAUGUCGCUGAAUGGGAAAAGAUUACUCAUGCUUAUCGUCGAAAUGUUCGAUAUAUUCAUCAAGUCUACAAUCAACGAUACAUUACAGAGAAUACGAAAUCAUUUUCUCAAAUGCCAUUCGAAUUACAAAUUAUAGAAAUCAUUGGAGAAUCGAUAGCAUAUGGACUAAAAUUGAAAACUCAAGAUAUUCUCAUGGAAUUUGAAACAAUACGUCAAAGUAGUUAUGCUCGAAUAAGUAUUGAAAGUCUUCGUGAACUUGUCUUUAUUAAAAGUAAAGUCGAUAAACAUCACCGAAACGCUGAUCUUGCACAUCAAGCUUGGCUCGAUUUACUUGCUUAUGAUCAAGAUAUGAUCGGAUUGUAUUUGACUGAAAAUCGGCAAAGUGAUUCGUCUGAUUUAAACGAAGUUGAACUUUUACUCGAAUCUUGUGCGAAACAGAUAGCUGAAGUUUGUCGAUCAGUUUAUGAUCUGAAAGAUUCUGUUCAAAAUAUCGAAAGUACAACGGGAUUUAUGCUUGAUGCCGUCAGAAAUCACCUUCUAGCUUUUGAAAUACAAAUCAAUAUCAUUACAAUGGGAUUUGGCAUUGGAGCAUUUAUAACAGCUAUCUAUGGAAUGAAUCUUUAUAGCGGAAUGGAAGAACAUCCACGUGCAUUACUUUACGUUGCCACUAUUUCCUCUUGUUUCGCUGUUACAUCAAUUGCUAUAGGAAUUUAUCGUUUAUUCAAAUACAGAAGAAUUAAACUUCAUCGCCCGAAUUAA